CGAAGUUUUUAUGUGGGCUGUCACCUGAACUGAGCAACUCUCUCUCUCUCUCUCUCUCUCUCUCUCUCCAUUAUCAGUCUCUCUCUCUCUCUCUCUCUCUCUCUGACUGUGAAUGAAGCAGAGAGACAAGAGAGAUUCCUGUCUGAAAUUGUGUUCUUUUUCAGGGUUUAGUCACUCAUAAUACACACCCAUAUAUGUUGGGAUGUUUUAUUUCAAGAGCUCAUUUAUGUGUUAUUAGAAAGAAAAUUCUUUCUACUGAUCUCUCAUUUACCAUUAUACGCAUACAUUUUCUUUCCAAUAUCAUCGAUCAUCAUCAAUCAUCAUCAAUCAUCAUCAUGGAUGAAAAUAUCAACUCCCCCUAUGAUCACCUGCAAGACCAACUUUUCAUUGGGUCCUCAGCUAAUUCCUCUUCUUCUUCCCCUGCGCCAAAUUCCACUUUCAUGAGUAGUAACGAUUACAGAUUCUCGAGUCCUAGUGAAGCAACAUCGAAAGAAAACGACUCGAGCAGUUCUACUAAUUAUACGGCACCAAAAGAGGCUUUCCACCCUCUGAUGGCACAAAAUCUGGGGUUUCAGUUGGCCGACCUCUCGAAUGUCUCUGACAAUUUCCCUAGAAUGUUCGCCGACAUGCUAGUUAAUGGUGAUUCUGCAUCUGCUAUAGGUGAAGAUUUAUAUCUUCGCCCCUUGAGUAACCAUACGACAGUGAAGAACAAUGAUUUGAGCGCAGAGCUUAGUGAGAAGCUCAUGCUCAAGACCUUGUCUUCGAGCUCUCGGAUCGGAGGUGGGCUACACCGGUUUAUUAUUCCGGGCGAUGAUGAAUUCCGUUUUUCAAGCAGCAGUAGAGGGUUAACCACUAACUUUAGCCAGAUCCACCCCAGCAUAAAUAUUUCAAACCCGAGCUACCACUCCUCGUGCCCAAAAACAAGCUCCUUCAACUGCAGAAAUAAUUGGCCGACUUUUGAUCUCCUAAGUAAUGGAAGAAUUUGCGAGAAUGAUGCGAAGACAUCAGGAGCAAGUGAUUUCGGAUCACUACUGCAAGAGAGUACUUUUAUUCCCGAUUUUGGUCUCCAUCACAUGAAGCAAGCAUGUCGUAGAGAAACUACCAGCUUUGAGAGAAUGUCAUCGUUUAGCCCUAACACAAUGGAAGCAAAGAGACCGAACAGCUCCAUUAACGAGCCGAAGGCCUCACAGGUUGCUCCCAAGAAGACGCGACUUGAGUCCCAAUCAACUUCAUGCCCGCACAUGAAGGUUCGGAAGGAAAAGUUGGGAGAUAGAAUAGCAGCUCUGCAGCAAUUGGUUGCGCCCUUUGGCAAGACAGACACAGCGUCCGUACUGAUGGAGGCUAUAGGAUACAUCAAAUUCCUCGAAAACCAGGUCCAGACGCUAAGCGUGCCUUAUAUGAAAUCUUCACGAAACAACAACGGAACUUCAGAUCGGGAAUCAAGAAAUGAAGAUGCGUAUGAUAACGAAGAGCCAAGGCAAGAUCUUAGAAGCCGAGGGCUUUGCCUCGUCCCGCUCUCGUGCAUGUCUUACAUAACUAAUGACGGAGGUGGCGGUGGCAGCAUUUGGCCAUCACAAGACUUCGGUGGAGGAAUUUGAAUUCUGAGACAUAUAUUGAAAAUGACAGUGCCAGUCACGUACUAUUUGGUCGAUCAACUUGACCGUUCGAGGCUUCAAGAGCACCAGAGCGGCUAAGACCUACUCCGACCACUUAGGAAUCAACAUUCAUGAUCGAGCCUACUCUACCUAAAGGUGAUAGGGUGACAUGUUUCGAAUAGCCCGGGCUGGAGAAUUCCAAGAGAAGACGAUAUAUACAAGCAUGUAACACUAUAUGUAGUAGAGAUCGAUCUGCCGAGCUGUUCUAGUUUUUUCUUUUGAUAAGAGUGAUCUCUCCGACCUCAUGAUUUGUGCGGAUCAAAGUUGGUCAUCAUUUGGUGAAACUCCUGUUUGGAGGGAACAAUCAUCGGGGAGAGAGCAAGUUCGAUCCGAAUAUGCAUCGAAUUCAUGAUUUAAUUUCACGUAUAUACUUAAUUAAUUAGCAUCCAAUUUACAUAUUUGCUCAAGA